AUGAGAACAACUCCUAAUAGUGUUAAAGAAACAGCUUCAAAAACUUCAACUCAAGAUUAUAAAAAAUAAUAAUCAUAACCUGUAUGUGAAUUCAAAUAUUAUAAAGACUGUUAGCAUACCAGAAUCUAGUUAAUUAUUUCAUAUUCCUUAAAAAUACUGUCAUUAAAGAUUCAAACCAUAACCUACUACAUCUAAAUCUAUAGAAGAGAAGAGAUGUAAAGUCAAUAAAACUAAUCUAUCUGAAUUAAAUAAUCGUACAAAUAGUAGUUCGAAAAGUCGUAUUUCUGGUUUUACAAGCAAUUAAUUGGAAGAUGAUUCUAUGUAUAAUUCUUAAAAUGCACUCAAAUUAAAGAAAAUUAUAGGAGAUUCAUAGGUUUAUAAUACUAACCUAUUUGUGUAUAAAUAUUAAUAUCAUUCUUUUAUAGUUCUAAAUCUAAUUUAACUUGUGAUUCAUCAAGUCCAGGAGGUAGAUAAAAUAAAUCAGCUUAUAAAAAAUCAGCAGAUUUCGAUAUUAAUUAAUUAAAUAUGUUAAGAGAAAAAUCAUUGAUGCAUAAAAAGAUUUAAUCAUAAUAAGUUAGUCAAUCAAAAGAAUUGAUAGAUUAAUUUUUAAAUUUAGAUAAAUAGAUUUAAGGUGCCACAUUAGAAUAAUAAAAGAAAUAAUAAUAUUUAAAGUAAAGAGGUUUAUGGGAUUCAUUUAAAGAUCUUUUUAUUAAAUAAUUUGCUAGAACUCCAGUAUAAUUUAAGAAUUUAUUCAAUUAAUUAUAAAUCUAAGUUAGAGAAAUAGAAUAGUAAUGGUCAGAUAUCAUUAUGUAAAUUGCAAAUAAUUUAUUUGAAUUAUUUUAAAAUUCUGCUAUUCUUAUGGCUUAUGAGUAAGAUUUAAAAUUAAAUGAAUUGAUUGAAUAAAUGAGAAGAGAAAGAGAUAUUUGGUAAAAUAACUUUAAAUCUCUUGAAUAAGAAAGAGAUGUUCUAUUAGAAACUGUUUCUUAAUUAAAAUUAACAUUAGAAAAUGAGAGACCCUCUCCUUUUAAAUAAGAUAAUAAAUAAAAGGAACUUGAUUCUGUUGAUACUCCUUAAUUAAAAGAAAUGAUUGUCUUAAUGUAAUAAAAAAUUACAGAAAUGUCUGAGAAAGAAUCAAAAUUAAUUAAAUUAGUAUUAGCUAUUCGUAGAACAGGAAUUGAUAUAGAAAAGAUAUAUAAUGAGGAAGUAUUGAAUGAAGAUUCUUUAUCAGAGUAAUAAAAUCAAUCUAAUAGAGAUAAAAAGUAUAUUAUUAAUUUAUUUAUUAGAUUGGCUAUCACAAAAAUUGAAAGAAGUUUUCAUGAUGCUGAUAAUUCAGUUGUUAAUGAUUCAGAUGAAUCUAGUUUUUAAUAUAAUGGAAGACUAGAUGAUGAAAGUAUAAUUGAAAGUAUUAGAAGAUUUGAAAACAGAAAUUAAAAUAGUGCUUAUGCUACAGAAAGUAGAAGUUCAGUUAAAAUGAAGAUAGAUUUAUCAAAAUGCAAUUAAUAAUAGCAAAAAUUAUAAUAAUUAUAAUAGUUAUAGUAAUAAUAACAAUAAAAAAAAAUCUAACAGUAACUUUAAUAAUAAAAUAUGAAUAAAUUGAAAAUUCCUGAUUAAGAAGGAAUGGGAUUUCAUUAAGAAUUUAUGUUAAAAUUUAAUGAGUUUUCUGAAAGUUGGAGAGUUUAAGUAUUAAAAGACGAAAAGAGAACCAAAUCUUGA